AUGAGGAGUGGCGUUGAGGAUGAGGAAAAGCGUUCAAAAUGGACUUCACACUUUGAUUCAAGUGGGAAAGCCCAGACCAAAGCCUGGGAAAGCCCUUCUGAUUUCGACCAAUUUAGUAAUCUCAUCAAUGUUUGGCCCCGUUUCCACUCAUCGUCUGCCCUCUGCCCUCAUCGUUUGCCCCCAUCUUCAACCUCUGGCCUCAUCGCAUGGUCUGCCUUCGAGGCAGACAAGUUCUGCCUGUAUGACUUCGUGUCAUCCAGCGCUAUCUGGCCGUCUGACUACGAGUCAGAUUACGGUCUACCUACCUCAACACCUCGCCCACAUCCAUCCUCUACAAAUGAUUUUUCAACGACAUCCUCAUCUCCCACCCUUGUCUCCACCGCAUCGACUGGCCUGAUCGCAUGGUUCUGCCUUCGAGGCAGACACGCUUUGGCUGGCACUGUCUGGCUGUCUGACUACGAGUCGGAUGCCUCAACACUGCGCCACUAUCUAUUCGUUCUCUGCGCAAGCGCAUGUCCAGCAACUCAAUUCUAUUUCAUCGUCUGCGGGAAUUUUGAACGCUCAACAUCUUUGUAUUCCAACUACCGAUCGAUAAUCAAAGUUUGGGGUAUGCAAAAUAUGGUAGGGACACUGGCGCGUAUAAUUUACGCCAGUAGCCUGGACUCUUACGCGGAGAGCUCAUAUUCGCCCCAUCACCCAUUUGGACCCUCAUUUUCUAUCAAGCCCGCCUACGUUUCAAUGGCACCGUCUACCAGAAAUGCAGCCCGUCGUGGUGCUACCGGUACUGGCACUCAUGACCCCACAGUGUCUGGCACCUAUGUCAUGCGCACACGCAGUGGUGUUGCCAUCAACCCCCCCGCCAAACAAAAUAAUAAGCGCCAAAGAAAUGCUGUCCCGAGUCAUCUCCUGCUCCGGAUGACCCUCACCGGCCAAAACCUCGUCCUUUACCCCGACGUUCCUCGGUUGCAAAGCGACCAUCCCCCAGAUACACCUGACAUCGACGAUGACGUACCCGUUACGGACACUCGCAUGGAUGAUGAUGAACGAUAUGAAGGUAGCGACAAUGAUGCCGAUGAUGAUAUGACCAAUGAAGACCGUGAACACAGCCAGGCUAACGAAGAUGAGGAUGAGGAUAAUGAUGGCUCCUAUAUCGUUGGGAAGGCUGACGGUUGUCACCGUGAAGACAACGUAGAAGGUGAUAGCGACAACGACGCCAAGGAUGGCGAUGAAGAGCCUGAGGGUGGCGAUGAAGAGCUUGAGGGUGGCGAUGAAGAGCCUGAGGGUGGCGAAAAUAACAAGGACUUCGAGACUUCACAAGCCAGGAGACUUCGGCCUCGAAGGGUCAAGAGAAGCAGCUACAAUUUACAUUUCGAUGAUGGUUCUCAAAGCUCUUCAUCGGAUACCAGCUACCGUGAAGGCCCCGCAACAUCUGAUCAAGAUUCCGCCCAUGACCCGUCUUCACCGCCUGCUAAGCGCAGGAAAAGGUCUUCAGCGAUCGAAACUACCUUGGCCAACACUUCCCAAAAAACAUCUCACUCGACAACCGUUCGCAAGAAGCAUGCAGCUAUUUCACAUGGUGGCAACCCCACUCCAGCCAGUAUAGUCUUUGGCCCGACGCCGGACAUUGACAACAGUGAGAAUGAAGACGAACCCUCAGGUCAUUUAAAGCGUGGACGGCUAUGUCAGGAGGGCAUCGAUGAGGCUCAGGAACUUGGACAGAAAACAGCAGAAGAAGCUCGGGUGAUUGGCGCCAAGUAUGGCAACAUUCACGAUCAGAGUCUGAUUGGAAUGCCCACCAACGCUGGUUCAUGGAUAAUAACCCCCGCAAGGACAAAGAAUGUCAGUCCCCCAUUCUGUGGUGUAUAUGAUGCUAACUCGAGAGUCUCAGCUAUCAUCGACUGGAAAGAACGUCAACGCAAAACAUAUGCGAUGGGCAAGGAUGACGAAGAGUGGGACAUCAUUCGCAACUAUAACGUUACUGGCGGCAAUACCAAUCAAUCACGCGCCAAGACCAUUUUGUCAAUGAGGGAGGAUAUUGCAAGAAAGUUGUCUGCUUAUUCUCGCCUUGAAGGAGUCGAGGCCAUCGGCUGUAUAUUUGAUACAACACAAGACGAGGCUGCUCGACAGGCAUCCGGCUUUGUCGCGGGCUCCGACCUCAUAGUCAAGUUGAUCAAUGAGCAUCAACUGGAUGCUCGCGCAAUAUUAGAUUGGGUCGUGACUGCAACGAAAGCGAAAGGCUACAAUAUAUCCGUGCCGCAGUUCAUGGGGGGAGUAGGGGCUUACGAGAUUCUACUUUCAAAGCCAAACGAGGCUCCCCGCGACCGUUACAGGAGGAUAUGGCCAAUUAUGGUACUCGAGCACACUUCGAAGUUUGGGUAUCAACCCAAAGCAGUCCAGUGGCGGAAGCUUCUUGACUAUGCUUUCCAGUACAAGUUCAUGAUUAAGAACUGGCCUGAAGACGUCCUUCCUAUCGGUCCCGAAUUCAAUCCUCACAACCUAAGUUCUCAGCACCUCAAGCUACUUGUCGUUCCUUUCAUCAAGCGCAAAGCGCAUUCUUAUUAUGAGGCAGAGCUCCGCACUGAAGCUGAGAGCUUGUUAGAGCUAGAGAAAAGAAGUCGAAGGGCAAGCGCCGAGAUCGAGUUCGCAGCUUGGCCAGAUGAAUGUAUCAAGCAGCUCAAUGACGAGGUGCCGGAGAUGUUCGACAUUCCCUUGGUGACCAGUGCCUUGGAUGUUGUGCUACGCAAGCUAGUAGACUCCGCCAAAUUUAAGGCGUCUGUCCCUGAAGAUAUAUUGGCAGCUCAUGAAGCACAUCCGGAUGUCCCAAAUGUGUUUGAUCGUGAAUCUCGCCCUGUUCUGCCUACAAGCAGAGAUGAACCUGUCGGUGGUGGAAGACGACAGGCUAGCCUGCCGUUCAAGGCGAAGAAACCUUUACGGGUUGACCCUACAUUCAUGCGCCGCAUGGAGGAGCGUCCCGCUGACUCUCGUAAUGAUGCAGACUUGGAGCUUGCGCCCUACCCAGGCCCUCGUCGUGAGGACAGAGAUUUCGUUGCCCCAAACCGCCGCCGUGAAUAUUCUCGUUCACCUCCUGUAUACCCUCAGCGAGAUCCAUCUCGCUCAAGGCAACGCGAGACUUUCCUGUCGCUUAGCGAUGAUGGUUCUUAUCCUGGACGUCCUGCUCACUCACGCCGGCAAAAUCAUGCUGAUGAUUUCAAUCAGAGGUUCCAAGUAAGGAGAGCUGGUGACUCUCAUUAUGAAGACGGGCCUUCGCGGUUUCGCUACUAA